AUGAGCAUUUCCAUGUCAACACCAGCCACGACUUCCGAUAAGCCAACUGUGCUAAUUGCAGGCGCUGGACUAGGAGGCCUCAUGCUGGGCGCACUCCUCGAAAAGUCCAAUGUCCCCUACGCCAUCUUUGAACGUUCCACCACCCUCAAACCCUUGGGCUCUGCGAUGGCGGUGGGACCUACAUUACUGCCCAUCUUCCAACAAUUGGGAAUUUAUGAAGAGUUCCUCACCAUUGGAAAGUACUUGACACAUAUCCCGAGUUUUGGAGAAUCCAACGAGAUCCUGUACCCGAAAAGGCCUAGUGAUUUCAGACCCAUUGAGGAAUUCACGGGAUAUGGGCAAUACAUCGUAGCGCGCCCAAAACUCUACGAACUCCUCUACAAACAAGUCCCAGCCCACAAGAUCCAUCUUGGGAAACGAGUCCUCAUCACUAAGCAGACAAAAGACAACCAAAGAGUCACUAUCCAAACCGCUGACAACUCCACCUACGAAGGCGAUAUCCUGGUGGGCGCUGAUGGAGCUUACAGUGCGGUCCGUCAACGGAUGUAUGAGACUCUUCAAAAGGAGGGUAAAUUACCCAAGGGAGAUUUGGAAGAAUUGCCGUUUAGUUGUACUUGUCUGGUUGGGCAGACGAGGGUGUUGGGUGUGGAGGAGGCUCCGAGUGUGGCGGAGGAGAGGUGCCAGGUUGUUUCUGUGCUUAGUGAUGGUAGGCCGUUUACUACCACCAGCAAAGCGGCGCUCGAACAACGGUUCCGGAACAACGAAAAUUCAGAAUGGGGGGCCAUCCCUGCACAGACCAUGUGUGAGGAGACAAAGGAUUUCCCGAUCCCUUCGUUGACUGGGGAAGUGGAUGAGAAUGGGGUAGUGAAGAUGGGGAGGAUGGGGGAUAUUUAUGCGCUGACGCCGAAGGAGUUUGUCAGUAAGGUUAUGAGGGAGGAGAAGGUCUUUGAGACUUGGUAUGAUGGACGGGUUGUUCUUCUUGGGGAUGCAUGUCACAAGUUAAACCCCGCCGGAGGACAUGGCGCAGUGACAGCCCUACACGACGCAAUCGCACUCGCAAACCUCCUCUACGCCAUGCCCACAUCCACAUCCUCCGACGUUACAGAAGUCUUUGAAGAGUAUCGCAAGGAGAGACACCCGGCCGUCAUGGAAUCCUACAACAACAGUCGUUUUGUUGCAAAAGUGUCUGACCGCGGGAUCAUUGGCAGGAUUGUGUUGUUCCUGAUGACGCAUAUGCCCAUGUGGCUCUGGCGACUUGCCAUGGACGACGGGAGUUAG